AUGUCCCAACAGACAUCAAAGUGUUCAAACUGUAGAGCUUAAAUUGCAGAGACGGUAUUUGCAUUGCAUGAAAUCUAUUGCAUUCGUAACAACAUAGAAUGCAAGAGGUGCGGAUAAUUCUUUGAUAAGAAUGACCCAUAAUCUCAUGAGGAAGAAUUUCAUAAAGGCACUCCAUGUGAAUUUUGUAAAGAAAUAUUCUAAGAUAUUUCAAAACACACAAAAUGUCUUAAAAAACCUGUCUAGUGCAUACAUUGUGGAUUAGAUUAGACUAAGGAUUAAAUAUUUCAACAUGAAAAUAUUUGCGGUAGCAGAACAGAAAGGUGUGAUAUCUGCAAGCAAUACAUUAUGAUUAGAGAAUUAACCAAGCAUGUAGCUACAUGCGUACCUCCAAAACCAAAGGAAUAAGUAUAAGAAAAAUAACCAACUUAAAAAACAGUUGAAAAUAGAUAAAUUUCAUAAUAACCCUAAUAAAUUGCCUAACCACCCAAACCUGAUUAUAAGAAUUUUGAUUAUAAAUAUAAACAUCAAGUUGAAGCCGAAUAGGUUAGUAGACCCUAAUAAUAGGUGUAGGCAAAACAUGAAAUAUUUGGAUAUGAAAAACCAUCACUGCCUUAUAGUUAAUAAUAAUCAUAAUAGUAAUAAUAACAAUAGGCAUAAUAAAUUAGAUAGCCUAUUAAUAAGUACGAUAAACCCAUUGAAGUUAGAGCAGAUAAUCAUUCUUAAAAUAGAAAAACUCCAUAACAAUAUUACAACCCUAGUUAACAAUAAUAACAAAUUGCAGUCGAAUAAAAAUAUAAGCCCAAAGAAUAUCCACUUCAACCAACAAAUGUUAUAAAAAGAUAAGCAUCUGGCAAUCAAGAGGUUAGAAAUGUUUAUCCCUAAUAAGAAAAAUUAACUGAUAAAUAUUCUUAUUAAUAGUCAAAUUAAUAGAAAUUACCAGAUAGAAAGCCAAAUGAUCAAAGAUAAUACGAUCCUAAUUCAUACUUAAAUAGAUAAUAGGAGAAUAAAUACUAUGAUAAUAAAUAAUUAGAAGUGAGAGGAAUUGAUAAAAAAUAAUCUGAUCAAAAUUUACAUAGAUAAUAUAGUUAACAACCCUAAUAAAAAAAAUAACAAUAACCAAAAGCUGUUGAUGAUGAUAUAGACUACCUUGCUCUUGGUUUGACAAGGGAAGAGAUUGAAUAAUAGAAGGCUUAUUUGGAAAGUCUAUAGUAAUAGAGAAAACCUUAAGAAGCUUAACUAAAACCUUAAGAAUAUAAGCCAAGAUAGGAUUAUUAUUAGGCAGCAAGAGCAUAUAAAUGA